UAUCAGCAGACAGAGAGGGCUCCGGCGCCAGAGUCACACACACACUCAGCUGAAUAGCGGGACUGUUCUCUUUCCCAAGCGGAGUCUCAUAUCUGUGUCUGUGUUUCGCGGCUCUCCGCUCAUGUGGACGUUUCCUCUCUGUCUCUCCCUCUCGAACACUUGAUCCAGCAAUCCCAACCACGCACACACCACGAGACCACACCAAAAGCCCCGCUCAACUAACGGGACAGAAGCAGUAGCGAUGGUCGGCUUUAGGACACUGUUCCCGGGACUGCUGCUGCUGCUCGCUGGGCUGCCGGGGGAGAAGCACGGGGACGGGAGAGGGUGUAUUACGUGGGAAUCAAAGAGAUCAACUGGGACUACGCUCCGACUGGCAUGAACCUCAUCAACGGGAAACAAAUAGCGGACGAUGAGCAUGCGUCAUUGUUCCUCCAGAGUGGUCCCCAGCGUAUUGGCAGUGUGUAUAAGAAGGCUGUGUACAGGCAGUACACUGAUGCCUCCUACCUCAUCGAGGCGCCCCGGCCCGGCUGGCUGGGUUACCUGGGGCCUGUGCGGGCAGAGGUUGAUGAUGUCAUCAUUGUGCACUUGAAGAACUUUGCCUCCAGAAACUACUCCAUGCACCCUCAUGGGGUCUUCUACGAGAAGGACUCAGAGG